AUGGAGCCCGAGAGGAAUCGUUGGCUCGGAAUCAAAGGAGAAUCCAGCUCAAGGCGAAUCCGCUUGAGAAGGUCGAUUGAACGUCUCCGCAACACCACUGGCAACUUGCUUCGCCGUGUUUCGAAUGGCCUUCAACGUGCUUCCACAGUUCCGUCUCGAAGAACGUUCAUCCCGAAUGUUCCUGACUUUUCCAGAGAUGAUAUUUCAGAUUGGUGGCGAAGUAGCCUGAACAAUGGCACUGUCAACGAAUCUGUCAUACAAGCGCAGGAGAACGUGGUCAGUCCGGCAGGGAGCAAUACCUCCACUUCGACCUCGACCACUUCCACCCCGCCAGAAGUCUGCCUCUGGGUCUCCUCCGUCCCCAUCUACCAAGAACUCCGCUGGAUCCUCCAUUCCGGAGUCCAAGUCAACACGCAUCUACUUCGCAUCGCAAGCUGCCUUCGACGUGCUAUCCGUCAUUUGUACGACGUGCCCGAAGAGGACUACCCAAACCUUCAGUUACCAGUCGGUGCCACAGGUCAGAAGCAGUGUCGGAUGCACACCACGGCUUCCACAUACCCUCGCGGCUCCAAGGGCUUGAAGAAGCGCGGUGAUCCUGAUGUUCCCCGGACACGUUGGAUCCCGAACGGUAUCAAGCUUGCACCCAUUGACACUCAAGUAUUCCAGCUCCGUGGUUGCUUCUUCCCUGCUCCGUCGAAGCUGCGAUACACCGAGACGUUGAACUAUGACGAGAAGCCAAAAAAUGUCGGGAAAAGCCACCAGAACUUGUCCGCGGCGGACCCCAACGAGCUGAGCACCGCCAUUCAGUCCGUUUCUGGUGAGGAGCCGACAGACUACUACGGUCCAGCUAGAGACUACGCUGGUGGUGUUUCAAGUAGCUCGGAUUCAGAAGCAGAUUCUGAAGAUGAUAGCGAGGGCCCUGAAGAUGCCCAAGCUGUAGUGGAUGGAAGUGCAGCGCACUGA